AUCGUUCGUUCUGGGCUCGAAAGUACGACACGAGACGAGUUAUCGCUGCUCGUGCAUACCUGCGGUAUCGCAACGGUACUUUUGGAUAAUCAGCAUUUGUGUAACUCUCAGCUCUUUGUGCCAUUCGGCUGUUUCUACGAGUCGAACAGAGUCGAGGAAGGUAUCUCGUUUCGUUCCGUUUCGUUUCGUUUCAUUCCAUUCCAUUCCAUUCCGUUCCGUUCAAUCCCAUUGCGUUUCGUUUCUCUUGAAUCCAUUUGUUCCCCCUCCUCUCCCCGGCUCUUAGCAGCCGUAUAGUCGUAUAGUUGCAAGCAGUGCGACUACGGUCUCCAACUGCCGGUCGCUCAUCCUUUCGUCUCGUUCCAUCGUAGGGUCGAGCAACUCGGGACACGCCUCCCACUCGUGGCGCGCGACUGCUGUCGGAUUCGGUAUUCAGUCGACACCGAGCCGGCAUGCGUGUUGGCUGGAAACGUUCGUAGAGUGUUGUGUCGUUAGGGUUUCGCAUCGGUUGGAUCGGUAUCGCCAUCGCCACGUAAAAUCUAGCUUCGCGUUCGUUUCUAUUCCUGAUUUCCGUCGCGACGGUUCACGCGUGUACACGCAAAAAAUCGAGUUCGUGGAUCCACGAAAAGGCGCGCAGCGAUGCUAGAUCAUCGGAACGACGACGAUCCAGCUGUAUCGUGUCGCGUGUGAAUGCACUCAUUGUCCUUCCGUGAACGAACAAACAAGUGGAAAGAAGUGUCGAGUGUUAAGUUUUCUCGGUGUGACGUUUCCGCUGGAUCGCCGUUCGAUUCUCAGCUCAAUUCGGUUCCCUCCUCCUACACGGCUCGGCGUUCACGGAACGGCAACGAAAUUUUCUUCUCGCUUCUGCUUUCGGAGUUUGCAUCCGCCGCUGUUUUCCAUCGAGAAACGUCAUCGACAUCAGACACGCUUUGUUUUAAACAACUGAUAGAAGAGAUAUGGAUUUCGUGAUUUUGAAGGUAAACGGACAGGACGUGUCAAACUCUAGUCACGAGGAUGCGGUGCGUUGCUUUCAAUCGGCCCAGGAACCGAUCAUCGUCGAGGUGCUUCGUCGUCAACCGAUUCAGGGACAACGAACCGUUUGGAAGGAGCAGGAGAAGAGCGAGGGAAGCGAGGAAAAAGGGAUCGAUUCGAGCAAAAAGGAGCACGCGAUCAACGUUUGCCCGACUCUGGUAUCGACCGCGGUGCAGACCGAUUGGGCCGGUCUCCUCGAAGAGGCCGAAGAGGAGGAGGAACUGUUGCCGGUUUCUCUCAGCGUAGACGAACAACAGAACGAUCCCUUCGAACAGUUUCUCGCGCACGACAUCGACUUCGAGGAAGUAACGUUGCGGAAAAUCGGAAGCGCCGAAAAAUUAGGACUGACCGUGUGCUAUAGUUCGGGUUCGGGCAGCGAGGAUGCCGAUACGGAAGUUUACAUCUCCGAGAUCGUUCCUGAGAGCGUGGCUGCGCGAGACGGUCGAUUGCGAGAGGGCGACCAAAUCUUGAGGGUGAACGGAAAGGACGUGGCGAACAAAGAGCAGACGGAGAACCUAUUUGCCGAGACGAAGAAUGCGGUAACCAUUCUCGUCAGUCGAUGCCUCUAUCAGGACGACGAGUACGAGGACAGGCGCGCUUAUCGUCGGGGCUCGCCGUCUCUCUCGCCGGAUCAUCUACCCUCCUACCAGAACAGUUUGAUCGAACAGUUGAUCCGGCAACAACAACAACAGCAACAGCAACAACAACAAACCGAGGAACGAACCAAAGAAACCGAAGAGGAUGUUUCCACGUUGAAGGCGCCGCCACCCGUUCCCUCUCACACCCUGCAACAACCUCAUCAACACCAGUUCUCUGCGAUCGUCAGCUGCGCCACCGCCACCGCCACCCCCACUGCCACAACAAUCACAACCGCUACCUCCUCCUCGUCGACUUGUUCCUCGCAAAACUCGCAAAACUCGCAAAAAUCGGGAAGAAACGCUUCGUCCCCGGCGCGACAGACCGAUCACGAUCGCAAACAAUGGAUACCGGAAGCGCUCAAGGAUUGUUCGAAAAAGAUGGAGGGAUUGUGUCUGCGUGCGGGUCAACAACCGUUAAACUGUGCCGGAACAGGUUCGGUGAAAUUAGCCGAGGCUUACUCGAAUCACGUAUGGAGCGAAACGGAACACAUCUACGAAACGAUUCCAGAAUCGGACAGCGAACCGAUCUACUCCUCCCCCUACGAGCAUCGUCAUUGGCCGCAACCGAAUCGCUCCGCGACCAUCUCGACCACGCUACCAGCCUCGACCAUCACCGCCACCGCCACCAUGACCGUUACUACCACCGUUAUCAUCUCCACCGCCACCACCACCACCAGCGCAAAUACCUCGCCAGCGACCACCAUCUCGGCAACGAACCCGCCGACCAUCGGUCUUACGAUCGUUCCGCAAACCGGCAGAUGGUAUUGUUCCUCGAAAAGCAACAGUUCCGGGGAGGAAAAGGACAGCUCGAGCGCGUACAACACCGGUGAAUCGUGCAACAGUAAUCCGCUGACGCUGGAGCUACAACGAGGCGAAAGGGAUCAUCACAAAAGCACCCUGGUCCUUUGCCCGCCGAAAACGCCAACAGCGCAACAACAGCAACAGAGACUGGCUUGUACUUGUCUUGCAAACAAACAGAUCAAGAGUCAGUCGACCAGAAGAGGCUCGACCUCCCAUCAUUACAGAGACAGAGGAGGAGCCGAUCCGACGAAUGCGACAACCACUGCCACCACCACCACAACCACCUUACCCGCCGACACCAUGUACACGAACAUGGCCAAUCUUCAACAGACGAUGCUCUUGCAGCAGCAACUGUUCAAACGCGCGCUCGAUCGCAGAAAUUCUACCAUCGUCGGUAUCAGGGACAGCGGUGGUACCGCGAAAAAAUCGAAAUCUCACGGUAACUUUCAGGCGCCAAAUUUGACGCGUUAUCAGUUUAUCGGAAGUCAACAAGUGUGCGCUUCGAGUCCAUGGGUACCGCCCGAGGGGAAAGGCAACGACGUACAGAUGGAAUGGAAGGUGAAGCGGAGAGCGGACGGGACGAGAUACAUCGCGAGGAGACCGGUCAGAAAUCGUAUUCUCAGGAACAGAGCGAUUAAGAUAUCCGAGGAGAGAGCUGGUCACAGCACGGAAGACGACACCAUGUCGGAAGCGAAGGUCGGCAGAUAUUGGACAAAGGAAGAGCGCAAGAGGCAACUGGAACGCGCUCGCGAGCGCAAGCAGAGGCAACAGGAACUGAUGCUUCAGCACCAGCAACAGCAACAGCUACAGCUCCAACAAACCAACGAAUUAUUAAUCUGCGAACACGGGGACGAGAAACUCGCGAAGAAACCGUUGAACAUCCUAGAGCUUAGUCACAAAAAAAUGGCUCGCAAGAAAAACGCUCUAGACGAUUUUACUACCGUUCAAGAGAUGUUGGUCCAUGGAAACAGAGUCGGUGGGACAGCAGGUCCAGGAACCGGAGGGAAACUGAUGGGUCUUCUUUCGGUGACGACGGUUUGAGUUGUUUAUCCAAAAAUCGCGCCUUCUUUCCUUUCUUACGUUCUCGCUUCCUAUCCAAGUACCUGGCGAUCAUCUUCGAUCGAUUGCCACCGUUCUGCACUCCUUCUUUCCCCCUUCACGAGUACACAAUCUUCUUCUUCUACUUUUUCUUAUACUACUAUUACCACUCAGACUACGAGCGGUAAUUUGAACGGAGCAAAGCGAAAUCGAUAUUAAUAACGAUUGUAAAUAUUUCUCGCAUUACGAUAUGUAUACAUAUAUGUAUAAGGGUAGAUUAUUUUACACGAGCUGAAACUUUAUUGUGGACAAAGAAUAGAAAACGAGUACGCUUUUGUAGAUAUGUAAAAUAAAUGUAACGAUGGGUAUUACACGAAAAUAAUAAUCGUCGGGAAUUUGGUGUAACGCGCGAAAACGGACCUUCGCACGAUCGA